UGGGUCCUGAAAUUCUCAAACUGCACAUGCGCAUCAGGUGAUUUCUCUUUCUCGGUGGACGCCAUGGCGGAUAAGGAAAAAAAAGUCCCGUCUGUCCCUGAGAGCCUUUUGAAGAGACGACAGGCUUAUGCCGCCAGCAAGGCCGCUCGCAUCAAGCGAAUGCUUACAGAGAAAAAGGCCCGCAAAGCUGAAAGAAAGGUCAUCUUUAAGAGGGCCGAGCAGUACCACAAGGAGUACAGGCAGAUGUACAGGCGUGAGAUCCGCCUUUCACGAACUGCUCGUAAAGUUGGAAACUAUUAUGUGCCGGCUGAGCCCAAAUUGGCAUUUGUCAUCAGGAUUCGAGGCAUCAAUGGCGUGAGCCCAAAGGUCCGCAAAGUUCUGCAGUUGCUGCGUCUUCGUCAGAUCUUCAACGGCGUGUUUGUUAAACUUAACAAGGCUUCCAUCAACAUGCUCAGGAUAGCAGAACCUUACAUUGCUUGGGGAUACCCCAACCUGAAAUCUGUGCGUGAGCUCAUCUAUAAACGUGGCUUCGGAAAGAUCAGGAAACAGCGCAUCGCCCUCACGGACAACGCUUUGGUCAAGGGGAAUCUUGGCAAAUAUGGAAUAAUCUGCGUGGAGGACCUCAUCCACGAAAUAUACACCGUUGGCAAGAACUUUAAGUCGGCCAACAACUUUCUGUGGCCAUUCAAGCUGUCAUCGCCUCGUGGUGGCAUGAAUAAAAAGACCACCCACUUUGUGGAGGGAGGUGACGCUGGCAACAGGGAGGACCAGAUAAACCGAAUGAUCAGGAGGAUGAAUUAAAUCAUUUGUACAAGACUCAAAGUUCAAUAAAAACAAAAAAGUUUGACUA